CGGUGUCCGGGUGCGGGCGGCGGCGGCGGCGCUGGUGAGCGACACCGGCGACGCGGAGGAGGGCGGGAGCGGGCGCGGCCGCGGCGGCUGAGGGCGGCGGGGCUCGGCCCGGGACAGCGGCCCGGUGGGUGAGAGCACGAGGAACAAUGCUUUCCGAAAGCAGUUCUUUCAUGAAGGGCGUGCUGCUGGGAGGAAUCUUCUGCGUAGUGGUCACGCUUCUUGGACACGUUAAGAUCGGCCACGGGACUAGAGCACGUCACCACGAGCACCAUCACAUUCAGGCUCCCAACAAAGAAGAAGUGUUGAAUCUUUCGGAAGGUGAGCGGCUGGAGCUCAGUCAGAGCAUCCGCGUUUACUGCAUCGUCCUGGUGAAACCCAAAGACAUCGGGCACUGGGCUGCGGUGAAAGAGACGUGGAGCAAGCACUGCGACAAGGCAGAGUUCUACAGCUCUGAGAACGUUAAAGUGUUCAACGCUGUCGUCCUCAACACAAACGAUAUGUGGACAAUGAUGAGAAAAGCUUACAAGAUAACCUAUGAGCGUUAUAAAGACGAAUUCAAUUGGUUCUUCCUUGCCUAUCCAACAACAUUUGCUAUUAUUGAAAAUCUGAAGUAUUUCUUACUGAAGAAGGACCCUGCACAGCCUUUUUAUAUAGGCCAUACUAUGAAAUCCGGUGACCUGGAGUAUGUAGAUGGUGAGGGAGGAAUUGUCUUAAGCAUUGAAUCGCUAAGACGACUCUCCCGUGUUUUUGAAGACUCUGACAAAUGUCCAGAGCAAGGCGGUAUGAUUUGGAAGCUUUCUGAGGAUAAACAACUAGCAGUAUGCCUGAAGUAUACUGGAGUGAUUGCUGAAAACGCAGAGGACUCUGAAGGCAAGGAUGUUUUUAACACCAAAUCGGUCAACGCUCUCAUCAAAGAGGCGAUGGCUAGUCAGCCCGAGCAGGUGGUGGACGGCUGCUGCUCAGAUAUGGCCAUCACGUUCAAUGGGCUGGCUCCCAACCACAUGCACGUGAUGAUGUACGGCGUUUACAGGCUGCGGCCGUAUGGCCACACUUACAGCGAUGCGCUCGUCUUCUCACCCCCUGCGGGUUCAGACAAUGACUGACAUCCCUCAGAGAGGAGAUGGGACCAAGGAGGCAGCUGUUCUCAUGACACGUGUUUCUACAGACAUUCGGUUUUCUUACCUGACGGUACUCAUGUACAUUUUUUGCACAAAGAUUUGCUAAAGCUUUUAAUUUUAAAAGUGGAAGGAGAACUUUCUAAGUCUUUUAUACGGGAAUGAUUCUGGCUUUUUGACAGUGCUAGAAUGAGUGACAAAGGAGUUGUUUGGGAUAAAAGGAAAUUAAGUUUAUGGGGGGGUUGUAUAUCUAAGUAUUUAUUAAUGAAAAGUCAAAAGAACUUUAGUCUGCUAUGAGUAUAUUUUUGCAAGAUUUUGAUUCUCUCAAUUCUCCCAGACACUUCCGGAAUGUCUUUAUAUCUUUCUAAGAUGUACCAAUAAAACUGACUACAGAUUCAGUCGGAAAGACCAA